AUGGACGUGGACAUGGACGUGGAUGUAGACGUGGACGUGGACGUGGACGUGGACGUGGACCUGGACAUGGACGUGGACGUGGACGUGGACGUGGAUAUGGACGUGGACGUGGACCUGGAAAUGGACGUGGACGUGGACGUGGACGUGGAGGUGGACGUGGACAUGGACAAGGACGUAGAAAUGGACGUGGACGUGGACGUGCACAUGGACGUGGACGUGGACGUGGACAUGGACGUGGACGUGGACAUGGACGUGGACGUACAAAUGGACAUGGACGUGGACGUGGACAUGGACGUGGACGUAGACGUGGACGUGGACGUGGACUUAGACGUGGACGUGGACAUGGACGUGGACUUGGACGUGGACGUGGACAUGGACGUGGACAUGGACGUGGACGUGGACAUGGACGUGGACAUGGACGUGGACAUGGACGUGGACGUGGACGUGGACAUGGACAUGGACGUGGACAUGGACGUGGACGUGGACGUGGACGUGGACAUGGACGUGGACAUGGACGUGGACGUGGACGUGGACGUGGACGUGGACAUGGACGUGGACGUGGACAUGGACGUGGACAUGGACGUGGACGUGGACAUGGACGUGGACGUGGACAUGGACGUGGACGUGGACAUGGACGUGGACAUGGACGUGGACUUGGACGUGGACGUGGACUUGGACGUGGACGUCGACGUGGACGUGGACGUAGACAUGGACGUGGACGUGGACAUGGACGUGGACGUGGACGUGGACGUGGACGUGGACGUGGACGUAGAAAUGGACGUGGACGUGGACGUGGACAUGGACGUGGACGUAGACGUGGACGUGGACAUGGACGUGGACUUGGACGUGGACGUGGACAGGGACGUGGACAUGGACGUAGACGUGGACGUGGACGUGGACAUGGACGUGGACGUAGACGUGGACGUGGACAUGGACGUGGACGUGGACAUGGACGUGGACGUGGACGUGGACAUGGACGUGGACAUGGACGUGGACAUGGACGUGGACGUGGACAUUGACGUGGACGUGGACAUGGACGUGGACAUGGACGUGGACGUGGACGUGGACGUGGACGUGGACAUGGACGUGGACGUGGACAUGGACGGACGUGGACAUGGACGUGGACUUGGACGUGGACGUGGACUUGGACGUGGACGAGACGUGGACGUGGACGUGGACGUGGACAUGGACGUGGACGUGGACGUGGACCUGGACGUGGACGUGGACGUGGACGUGGACGUGGACGUGGACCUGGACAUGGACGUGGACGUGGACGUGGACAUGGACGUGGACAUGGACGUGGACGUGGACGUGGACAUGGACGUGGGCUUGGACCUGGACAUGGACAUGGACGUGGACAUGGACGUGGACAUGGACGUGGACUUGGACCUGGACGUGGACAUGGACGUGGACAUGGACGUCGACGUGGACGUGGACGUGGACGUGGACGUGGACGUGGACGUAGACGUAGAUGUGGACGUGGACGUAGACGUGGACGUGGACGUGGACGUGGACGUGGACAUGGACGUGGACGUGGACGUGGACAUGGACGUGGAGGUGGACGUCGACGUGGACGUGGACGUGGACAUGGACGUGGACGUGGACAUGGACGUGGACGUGGACGUGGACGUGGACGUGGACGUGGACGUAGAAAUGGACGUGGACGUGGACGUGGACAUGGACGUGGACGUAGACGUGGACGUGGACAUGGACGUGGACUUGGACGUGGACGUGGACAUGGACGUGGACAUGGACGUAGACGUGGACGUGGACGUGGACAUGGACGUGGACGUAGACGUGGACGUGGACAUGGACGUGGACGUGGACAUGGACGUGGACGUGGACGUGGACGUGGACAUGGACGUGGACAUGGACGUGGACUUGGACGUGGACGUGGACUUGGACGUGGACGAGCAUGGACACGUGGACGUGGACGUGGACGUGGACGUGGACCUGGACAUGGACGUGGACGUGGACGUGGAUGUGGAUGUGGACGUGGACGUGGACGUGGACAUGGACGUGGACAUGGACGUGGACGUGGACGUGGACGUAGAAAUGGACGUGGACGUGGACGUGGACAUGGACGUGGACGUAGACGUGGACGUGGACGUAGAAAUGGACGUGGACGUGGACGUGGACGUGGACAUGGAGAUGGACGUGGACAUGGACGUGGACAUGGACAUGGACAUGGACGUGGAGGUGGACGUGGACGUGGACGUGGACAUGGACGUGGACGUGGACGUGGACGUGGACGUAGACGUGGACGUGGACGUGGACGUAGACGUGGACGUGGACGUGGACGUAGAAAUGGACGUGGCCGUGGACGUGGACAUGGACGUGGACGUAGACGUGGACGUGGACAUGGACGUGGACUUGGACGUGGACGUGGACAUGGACGUGGACAUGGACGUAGACGUGGACGUGGACGUGGACAUGGACGUGGACGUGGACGUGGACAUGGACGUGGACGUGGACAUGGACGUGGACGUGGACGUGGACAUGAACGUGGACAUGGACGUGGACAUGGACGUGGACGUGGACGUGGACGUAGAAAUGGACGUGGACGUGGACGUGGACGUGGACAUGGACGUGGACAUGGACGUGGACGUGGACGUGGACGUAGAAAUGGACGUGGACGUGGACGUGGACAUGGACGUGGACGUAGACGUGGACGUGGACGUGGACGUAGAAAUGGACGUGGACGUGGACGUGGACGUGGACAUGGACAUGGACGUGGACGUGGACGUGGACAUGGACGUGGACAUGGACAUGGAGGUGGACGUGGACGUGGACGUGGACAUGGACGUGGACGUGGACGUGGACGUAGACGUGGACGUGGACAUGGACGUGGACUUGGACCUGGACGUGGACAUGGACGUGGACAUGGACGUCGACGUGGACGUGGACGUGGACGUGGACGUGGACGUGGACAUGGACGUGGACGUGGACGUGGACGUGGACAUGGACGUGGACGUGGACAUGGACGUGGACGUGGACGUGGACAUGGACGUGGACGUGGACAUGGACGUGGACGUGGACGUGGACGUGAACGUGGACGUGGACGUGGACAUGGACGUGGACUUGGACGUGGACGUGGACGUGGACGUGGACGUGGACAUGGACGUGGAGGUGGACAUGGACGUGGACGUGGACAUGGACGUGGACGUGGACAUGGACGUGGACGUGGACGUGGACGUGGACGUGGACGUGGACGUGCACGUGCACGUGCACGUGGACGUGGACGUGGACGUAGACGUGGACGUGGACGUGGACGUGGACGUGGACAUGGACGUGGAGAUGGACGUGGACGUGGACGUGGACAUGGACGUGGACGUAGACCUGGACGUGGACGUGGACGUUGACGUGGACGUGGACGUGGACGUAGACAUGGACGUGGACGUGGACGUGGACCUGGACGUGGACGUGGACGUGGACGUGGACAUGGACGUGGACGUGGACGUGGACGUAGACGUGGACGUGGACGUGGACGUGGACGUGGACGUAGACGUGGACGUGGACGUGGACGUAAACGUGGACGUGGAAGUGGACGUGGACGUGGACGUGGACGUGGACAUGGACAUGGACGUGGACGUGGACAUGGACGUGGAGGUGGACGUCGACGUGGACGUGGACGUGGACAUGGACGUGGACGUGGACAUGGACGUGGACGUGGACGUGGACGUGGACGUGGACGUGGACGUAGAAAUGGACGUGGACGUGGACAUGGACGUGGACGUAGACGUGGACGUGGACAUGGACGUGGACUUGGACGUGGACGUGGACAUGAACGUGGACAUGGACGUAGACGUGGACGUGGACAUGGACGUGGACGUGGACGUGGACGUGGACGUGGACGUGGACAUGGACGUGGACGUGGACGUGGACAUGGACGUGGACAUGGACGUGGACAUGGACGUGGACAUGGACGUGGACGUGGACAUGGACGUGGACGUGGACGUGGACGUGGACGUGGACAUGGACGUGGACAUGGACGUGGACUUGGACGUGGACGUGGACUUGGACGUGGACGAGACGUGGACGUGGACAUGGACGUGGACGUGGACGUGGAUAUGGACGUGGACGUGGACGUGGACAUGGACGUGGACAUGGACGUGGACGUAG